UAUUGUAAUUUUUUUGCAACUGAAAAAGCCGUUUGCGCAUCUUCCCCAUUUUCGUCUUACAGGGUAGGUGUUGGGGUUUCCAGUAUUAAGGGGGCGAAGCGAGAUUGCCGAACAAUUAGCCAAGAUUUACUGUAAUAGUUCGAAGAUGUGGGCAGCAUCGUGCUUGGCCUCCUGCUGUGCGGCGUGUGCCUGCGAGGCGUGCCGGUCGGCGGUCGGGAGCAUCGGCCGGCGUUCCGCCCGGAUCGCCUAUUGCGGCCUCUUCGGGCUCUCACUCAUCGUCUCAUGGAUCCUCCGGGAGAUCGCUGCUCCCUUAUUGGAGAGCCUUCCGUGGAUCAACCACUUUCAGAAGACGCCGGAUAGGGAGUGGUUCGAGACGGAUGCGGUUCUGAGGGUGAGCCUGGGGAACUUUCUUUUCUUCACAAUUCUGGCUGCUUUAAUGAUGGGGAUUAAGAACCAGAAAGACCCACGCGAUCGUCUGCACCACGGCGGGUGGAUGGCUAAGAUUUUCUGCUGGUGCGUUAUUGUAUUCCUCAUGUUCUUCGUACCCAAUGGGCUCGUGAGCUUCUACGGUGAGCACUUUUUGCAGGUUAACGGUAGCCUACUUCCUGCUUCAGUAAUCUCGCUUUACUGCACCUACCUUUGCUACAACGGACUCUCGAGUGAGCCACGGGAUUAUGAGUGUAAUAAUCUUCACAAUCACUCAAAAGCUGUCUCUACAGGAAGCCUUGCCAUUGGCUUGCUCACCACCGUCCUCUCCGUCGUGUACUCUGCUGUCCGUGCCGGUUCUUCUACCACUCUUCUCUCCCCUCCGGCUUCUCCUCGUGCCGGUUCUGAUAAGCCGCUACUCUCCUUCGACAAGAUAGAGGAACAGGAUGGGAAGAAAGAAGAGUCGGUUCCGGUCUCGUACUCGUAUUCAUUCUUCCAUCUAAUCUUCUCUUUGGCGAGCAUGUACUCUGCAAUGCUCCUCACCGGUUGGUCGAGUUCCGUCGGCGAGACCGGGAAGCUGAUCGAUGUCGGAUGGCCAUCGGUGUGGGUGAGGAUCGUGACAGGUUGGGCUACAGCUGCACUCUUCAUCUGGUCUCUCAUCGCUCCCAUUCUCCUUCCAGAUAGGGAGUUCUGAUGGUUUCAACCUCAUCUCAUCUCAUCUCAUCUCAUCAAAACAUUAAUAAUCUGAUUGACAAACUGUAUUUACUUUAUGGAGAAUUUGUGAGGAGUUUGCUUAAAAUCUGAACUGAAGUUUUUGUUUGUUUGUUUGUUUGAUGUUUGGUGCUGCUAAUGAGUGAAUGCUAUGAUCUUCCCUUGAUGGCUUUGUUAUUUGAAAUGAAUAUUUUCUCUGCUAAAAA